GUGGCUGCCUGCCUGCUGUGGAGGGAGAAAGAGGAUUUUGCCAUUCGUGUUAAUUUCCCACAGCAAACACAGGCUCAGCAGUCACCUGGCGUGGAGAGAGCACACCUUACCUGCUACAGCCGGCGCAGCACUCACUGUGGAAAGGGUGGAAGGGAUGUUUGAGACGCUGUAUGAGUGGUUCUGGUGGGACCGAAUCUGGCUGCCGGUCAACCUGACGUGGGCGGACCUGGAGGACAGGGAGGGAUGGGUCUACGCCAAAGCCUCGCAUCUCUAUGUGACCAUCCCCUAUGCAGUAGCCUUCUUAGUCAUCAGAUAUCUGUUUGAGAAGCUGGUAGCAGCACCACUUGCAGCCUCUGCUGGGAUCAAGCAGAAGGUCCAUCUGAGAGCAGCGGACAGUCCCGUCCUGGAGCUGUACUACACGUCCCGGAGCAGAAACCCUGGUCAGGCAGACAUUGAUGGGCUGUCUAAGAAAAGCAGUUUAUCAGUGAGGCAAGUGGAGCGCUGGUUCAGGAGAAGACGCAACCAGGACCGUCCGGGAGUCCUCAAGAAGUUCAGAGAGGCCAGCUGGAGGUUUACCUUCUAUCUGCUGGCUUUCUUUGGGGGAAUAGUGGCACUUUAUGAUAAAGAAUGGUUUUAUGACACGCGGGAGGUAUGGACGGGUUUUCCAAAGCAGUCCAUGCUGGAUUCCCAGUACUGGUAUUAUAUCUUGGAGAUGAGCUUCUAUGGGUCCCUUCUCUUCAGCGUUGCCUUUGAUGUGAAGAGGAAGGACUUCAAGGAGCAAAUCAUUCACCACUUGGCCACUCUGGUCCUGCUGGGAUUUUCCUGGUGUGUCAACUACAUCCGCAUAGGAACCCUGGUCAUGCUGGUCCACGAUGCCUCUGAUGUUCUAUUGGAGUCGGCCAAGUUAUUUAACUAUGCCAAAUGGGAGAAAACCUGCAACGCUCUUUUUGUUGUGUUUGCCAUCGUAUUUAUGGUAACACGACUGAUCAUCUUCCCAUUUUGGCUGAUCCACUGUACCUGGGUCUAUCCUGUUGACCACUACCCCCCCUUCUUUGGUUACUACUUCUUCAACGUGAUGCUGGUGAUUCUUCUCUUCCUGCACAUAUUCUGGGCCUACCUCAUCCUACGCAUGGUCAGGAAAUUCCUCUUUGGCACUUUGACCAGAGAUGAGAGAAGCGACAAUGAAGAGGAGGAUGAGGAGGAGAGCAGCUCAAUGGAGGACGAACAACAACAGCAGCACAAGCCUGCCAACGGAUUAGGAGCUGAUGAAAAGGAAGGCAAGAACGGCUGCUUUGGACACUUAUCUCUGUCAGAAAACAUCUGCCAAUCAAAGACUGUGUACUGACUGACUCGUGGAGCCUCGUGCGCAAAGCACGGGGUGAGGAUGUGAGAGGUAGAACAGCAUCAAACACAUUUCAUCCCAUAUGGAAAGAGAAAAUAAGGAAAACAUUUGAUUUAUUACUUCAGAAGCUGGAAUACGACCUAGCCCCCCCAAAAAAGCCCUGCUGUGCUCAUCAGGGCCUCAGUGCUGCGAACAAUGCACACAUACAGAGAGAGAGAGACGAAGAUGUUCUUGGCUCUUUUCUUUUACAUCCAAACUCCUCUCAGUGUUGUCAGUGGCAGCGCUUCAGUUGAAGGCCCCGCAGGUC